CCUCCAUGAGCUCGAAUUCUUUCCCUCUGCGUCAAAGAGAAAACAAAGGCCUCUCAAUCAUUUCUCUGUACGCUUUCACGUUCAUUUUGUUUUCCCUUUUUCUCUGUUUCAAGAGCUGCAAAGUUUCUAUAUCAGUUUAUUUCUUUCUUUGCUUUUUGGUAUAUUUAAUGGAUAGCAAUUAUACAGCUAUUCCCAAGAGCUCAUAUGUAGAAUUACAAUUGCAUCAUGAUCCUGAGAUCCCAAUGCACCCACAAAAAACCCACCUCAAAUUUCUCCCUCUUAAUGAUGGGGAGAACUUUAGAGAUCCCAGGAUCGAGAAUGCUAACAUUUUAGAAGAUGAUGGUGGUGGUGGGGAUGAUGACGACGAUUUUGAUAUCGAUAAUUAUCCACUUGUUCUUGCCAAAUACAAUAAUGGGUCCGGGAUUUAUGGGGCGGUUUUUAAUCUCACCACAUCGAUUAUUGGGGCAGGUAUUAUGGCCUUACCAGCUACAAUGAAGGUUCUUGGAUUGGUUUUAGGGGUUGUCUUUAUAAUUCUCAUGGGUAUUCUGUCUGAAAUUAGUGUUGAAAUAUUAGUUAGGUUUUCGGUACUUUGUAAGGCUUCUUCCUAUGGUGAAGUUGUUCAAUUUGCAUUGGGAAAAACUCCGAAGGUUUUAUCUGAGAUUUGUAUAAUUGUGAACAAUGGAGGCUUUAUGGUUGUGUAUUUGAUAAUUAUAGGUGAUGUUAUGUCAGGAUCACUCCAUCAUAUGGGGGUUUUUGAUCAAUGGUUAGGGCAUGGGGUGUGGGAUCAUAGGAAAUUGGUGAUUUUUUUUGUGGUGGUGGUUUUUCUUGCACCCCUUUGUGCUCUGGAUAAGAUUGAUUCAUUGAGCUUGACUUCAGCUGCUUCAGUGGCUUUGGCUGUUGUCUUUGUUGUGGUAUGUUUUAUUGUUGCUUUUAUUAAGCUUGUCGAAGGAAAAUUUGAGGCUCCAAGAAUGACUCCAGAUUUUGGUUCAAAGAAGGCCAUUUUGGAUUUGCUUGUGGUGAUUCCCAUCAUGACAAAUGCUUACGUUUGCCACUUUAAUAUUCAGCCUAUAUAUAAUGAACUCGAAGGGCGGUCACCCCAGAAGAUGAAUCGAGUGGGGAGAAUUACAACUGCUCUUUGUAUUACUGUUUAUGUUUUAACUGCCAUAUCAGGUUAUUUACUCUUUGGGAAGGAUACAGAAGCUGAUGUGCUGGCCAAUUUUGACACGGAUCUUGGCAUUCCUUUUAGCUCCGUGUUGGACUAUAUUGUUAGGGUAGGGUAUAUUCUUCAUUUGGUUCUUGUUUUUCCUGUUAUUCAUUUCUCUUUAAGGCAAACAGUGGAUGCCAUGGUGUUUGAGGGAUCAGCUCCACUUUCAGAGAGCAGGAAGAGAUCUUUAGGCUUAACAGCAGUGCUAUUGGGUCUGAUUUAUUUUGCCUCUACCAUGGUACCCAACAUUUGGACAGCUUUCAAAUUCACAGGGGCAACUACAGCAAUGUCAUUAGGUUUUAUAUUUCCAUCGCUUGUUGCAUUGAGAUUAAGUCAUCGAGGUGAGAGUUUGAACCAUGGAGAGAAGUUGUUCUCAUGGUUUAUGCUAAUUGUGGCAAUAAUAGUUAGCAUCGUUGGUGUAAUUGGAAAUAUUUAUAGUCUCAAAAGCCAAUCCAAAUGAUGUUCAUGUUCAUCAUAGUUGAUUUGUUGAUAGUUUUUAUGAAGAAAGCUUUGUCAAUUUUCUCCAAUGUCAAGUGGGUGAUACUUUCUCUGGUGCCUAAUAAUUUCAAACAAUCGAGUCAAAUUCGGAGAUGGAUGUAACCUUGGGAAAAUAUUGUUUCGGAUUGCAAGUGUCCUGACGUUUGAGAUAUAGUGACUUCUCAGAGCAACUGUGACUGUCUGGUUCAGCAUUUGAAGAAUGUUUAGGUAAAAUAUUUUAUAUGGACACCCAACACAUGUAAGUUGAUCUAAAAAUAUACAUUUCAGUUGAUGCAGUAGGUUUUUGUUGUCAUUUCUUUUGCCGUUACUAUUGUUUUAACUGUAUACUUCAACAGCAACAAUGCUGCUAAUGUGAAUUUACCAGAAUUUUUGUAGAGUAAUUUUACAAUUAAUAAUGUGUAUUGCAUUAUAUGAUUCAACAGCACUUGAUAUCGGUAGUUGGAGUUUGGCCAGCACACUAUUAACACUGCCACAGGGAAAUAAAGAAUCACAGUUUUCGUACUCAACUUUCAUUAUUCAAUUGAAAUAGGUGAAAAUAAGCUUUAGAGUUGAGUGCAAAGUAUAGAACAGGAUGCCUCUGAAUAACUGAAGUAUUAUCCAGGGGCGAACGUUUGCUUAACUGCAGAACCUUCUACUCACCAUCACUGCAAUGGCACCAUCAAGGAGGUGCCUCAAACACUGAGCUUUGUGAUAUCUUGAUGUUGAGAAAUAAGGCUGUGAAAAGUUUUAUCCUCUUGCAAGUAGCCGAGCACAGAGAACUGACUUGAGAAGAAUCAGAUUUAGAACGCUGGAGGGCUUGGCUUCUUAGGGCUGAAAUGCCGAUAAUUUUCUCUAUUAGUGAAGGCUUUGAGCUGUUACAGAUGCUUCUGCUUUGUGCUAAACUCCUUGAUCUUUUAGGAUAACAAUGGGCUUAUCCGUUAUUAUAUUUUCUUCUUUUAGCAAUGGGAAAGGAGAAUAAUGGGCUUAACUUGCUAAAGGUGAUAGAUUUAUUUUUAAAAAAAUGUUUUUUAAUUUAUAUUUUUGAUGGAAUAUCUGUCUUAGAAGUGAAAAUUGAUAAUGUAGAAGGUCAAUGAAAAAUCAUAAUGGAAUAUUUAUUUUUAUUAUUA